AUGGAUCCAUUUUCAUUUCAUAGUAAAAUUGUAUUUCUAAGGCAUACAAAGUUGCUUACAAGAGAACUAAUAAAGAAUAGCGCUUUGAAAGCGGCCACUCGUCAAUUGGAUCAGAUGAUUGACCAGGCUCGAUAUAGGCACCAUCAGCAUAGAAAUAAGUUCAAAGAGGCUAUUGACUACUUAGAUCAAAUAUUUGAAGAUUUCAAGAAUGAAAACGAUCAUACGACGGAUGAAGGGCAAAGCUUGCGUGGACGAGUGACGGCGACACGUAAAGGAUUUGCGAAUAAUGGUAAAGAGAAGCUGGCUGUUGUUGCUGUAUCUCCCGCAAGGUUACGUCAACACUAUGAUGAUGCCAAACGUGUAGUAGCGCCAGAUGGCUCAGGUAUGGACGAGAUCAAUUCGAAGCAAGUUUCAGAUUAUGCAAGACAUUCCUUGAUUCCAGCGAGACCGAAACCCAGUCCACGGGAGAAAACAACAUCAUUGGAGAAGAAGACGGAAGAUGUUGACAUCUCGGAGACCAUUGUAUUACCUCCAUUACCUCAUGAUCGUAAACUUCGAGGUGAAAGGCUUGAUUUUACCAGAAGAUGGCUUGCUAAUGAUAUUAAAUCAUGGGCUUCUUCCAUGCAGUCGAAACCAGAUUUAGUCCUAGGUGAAUUGGAGGAUCAGGAAGCUGACCUCGAUGAGUGUUCUUUGGGAAGUUGUUCCGCGGAGAUAGCAGCAAUCAAUUUGGCAGUUCGGAAGAAGAAAAAAGAUCGAGAAGGGCAAGAUCCAAUUCAGAAUGUUACUUGCGCACCAAAAUUUGUGAGGCAUUCAAAGACUCAUGAAACGGAUUCCAAAAACACGUCUGCUCAGUUUACUCAGAGAUCAGAUCCAAUCAAACCUCAACCUGUCAAAGCUCGAGCUAUUAAAAACAGUAGCAGUAGCAGUUAUGGUCGAAAUGCAAUUCAGAGAGUGCCAUCUCGAAGUGGACUAAUGAUAGAAACAAAACCUGCGGACAAUGAUGCAAUAUCACUGAAGUCUAUUUCUCAAGUACGCAAGCAAUUAAUGUAUUCCUAUACUACCAUAGCUAUUUUAGAUCCUUCUGUGAAUACCUUAAGCAGAUCAAUGGAGAUGCCACUUUCUACACGAAAACCUGGAGCAUUCACGCCUAUUCAAGCUCCAGUCAGUAUGGUAUCUACACGUGGAUCUGUUGUUAGUUUGCCUGAUCAGUCAUUUGUUAUUCGAUCUCGUGAUUUUCAUCGAGCGGAUCCUAUUUUAGCAGUAGAUGCGUUAGUUGCAGAAUUGGAACUCAAUACAGAUCAGAUGUCAAUGGCGAAUAAGCGACGUUCAUUCCCAACUGGAAACGAUCUAUUUGAUCGUAGCUAUGAAAGACCUAUCAGCAAUCGACAGUUAGAACAAUUUCCUCCUAGAUUAAAGUCAGAAAAAGUUUCUCGUCGUACGCAACAACAACAACAACUUCAGAAAGCAAAGGCAUCUUUUGGAGAAAUGACUGAUAUGUUAGAAAGUGUAGUAAAUGAAAUCAUUCCACUAAACAAACCGAAAAUGAUAGUAGCGAGUAAUAGCAAUUCGGUACUUUCGCCAUUUGAAACGAUAAAUGUGGAGAAGCUGAAUCCAAGUAAAGUGGAAGCCUUGCAGUCUAUAUUCGAGAAUAAGCAAAAUACGACAGGAUGGCAUCGUAGUGCCUCCAACAGCAAACUAAAAAUUGCUCAAAUGACUACCACUACCCCUAAAACUGUUAAAGAUGAUGAAAAUUACCACGAAAUAAACGAUAUUAUCACGUACACUAAAGAGCCUUCGCCUUCAUAUUCCAAGCCAACGGGUAAGCACACAUCAAAUAUUCGAUCAACGUAUCCCUCACAACGACGUGUACUACCGGUGCAAACUGAUCCGAUUCCUGCAUUUCCCGUCACUCGACCUCCAUCUCAUCCUCCAGGUUCUACAAAUUCCUCGCAAACAGGUGGGUACUACUCAUCUGGUUCUUCCUUAGGUCUUCCAUCGUCAUACGCUUCACAUCACAAUCACUCAUCUGCUUCACGUUCUUCUGUUCAUCGAGGUUCUAUUCCUGGAAAGUUAUCGCUGUCUUCGCGUACUGCUAGCAUUGAUGACGAAGACGAUGGCUUCUACGAUAAUAUCCUAAUCGAUGAGAAGCGUGAUUCACGUGGUAGCGAACUUGACAAUGUAUCCAUCGGUAGCCAUCGCUUGCCUCCUCCUGCAAGCGGUAAGCCAACAACGAAUAAUCGACUAGACCAUUUUUUACGCAAAAUAAGCGCAUCAAAACAACCUUCUAGUGCUGCUUCCUUCGUUUCUCUCAAUAAGGUAGCAAAUGAGGUGAUGCCAACAAAACCAGCUCCAUUAGCAAAGAGUAACAGUUUAAGUCAUGAUCCAUGGAAGAAACUUAUGCGAGACAGCAACGAUCCUUCUCACGCUACAGCGGAUAAACGUAUCGGAUUGGGUCGACGUCUUAAAAAUUCCAUAUUCGGAAGCAAAAAGCGUCUGAAUUAG